CUGGUGGAUAGCGCAUGGGGCGCUUCGCGACGUGCGCGGAGUGCAGCUGCGUGUACGCGCUGCGCCCGUGCAUCGACCUCGCAUUUCCAGUGCAGCAGCGGCAAUGGAAGUGUCUUCCAUGCACGCUAGCACCGGCCUACACGACUGCCUACGCCAUCUUUUCCAGCGAAGAUCGACCGAUCGCAGACGUCGCCACGCAAUUUGAGCUCGACCGUGCCAAGCUCCUCUCGCUCGUGCGCUGGCACCGCGCCCACGCCCAGAGUGCUAGCACGCUCUCAACUAGGGCGUGCGCAGUCGGCGCCGCCAUGGCGUCCAAGGCGCCCUUGUACACAAAAGAGAUGCUCCAAGCGGCAGUUCGAUACGCGGCGGAGCACGGCGUCGGCUGCCGCCAAGCCGCCCGCGCCAUCGAGCGCGCGCACCAGCUGCCUCUCAACUCGAUACCGCACGGGACCGUGCACCAGCACAUGAAGUCGCCGUCGCUGCGGUAUCGCAACCCGGGUGCCCGGCGAAAGCUGUCGCGCUUUGAAGAAGAGCUCGUGGCCCAGCACUUGAUUCAGAAGCAAGAAACGCGGCGCUUGACCAAACACGAGGCCGCCGAGGAAAUGGUGACGCUGCUUUGUCGACGCGGUCGAGCCAACCCGUUCGAAGCAUCGCCAUCCUGACGUUCAACUUCAAGCCGCACCAUCCCCAUCCGAUAGGAUACUCGAUUCGACGGCGUGAGCGUGCCACGUCAUAACCUUAAUUUAAGUAGAAGCAGUUCUGAUUGUAGCCC